GGAAGAAAGGUCCCCGGAUUUUGACGGAAAAUUAAAAAACUAAUCGUAUCUCUCUCUCUCCUCGCUUUCUCUCUCCUUCUGGUUUCUCACCGAAAAGAUCUGUCCCAUUUCCACCACUGUCUCCUUCUAGAUCGAAGCUCUGCAAACAAAGCCCUCAGUUAGCGGCAUAAUUUGUGGAAAAAUAUGGCUAUGGUUGAUGAACGUUUAUACCCGAUUGCGGUUUUAAUCGACGAGCUCAAGAACGAAGACAUUCAGCUCCGGUUGAACUCAAUCCGGAGGCUUUCCACGAUUGCCCGUGCGCUGGGAGAAGAGAGGACCAGGAAGGAACUGAUUCCUUUCCUCAGCGAGAACAACGAUGACGAUGAUGAAGUGCUUCUGGCAAUGGCGGAAGAGUUGGGGGUGUUUAUCCCCUAUGUAGGUGGUGUGGAGCAUGCCAACAUUCUGCUCCCGCCUUUGGAAACACUCUGCACCGUUGAGGAAACAUGUGUGAGGGAUAAAGCGGUGGAUUCGUUGUGUAAAAUUGGGGGGCAGAUGAGAGAAAAGGACUUGGUUGAAUACUUCAUUCCUUUGGUUAAGAGACUUGCUGCUGGUGAGUGGUUUACAGCCCGAGUUUCAUCCUGUGGUUUGUUUCAUAUUGCGUAUACUAGUGCACCAGAAACUUUAAAAACUGAACUACGAACGAUAUACAGUCAACUGUGCCAAGAUGACAUGCCCAUGGUUAGGAGAUCUGCUGCAAGUAACCUGGGAAAAUUUGCUGGGACCGUAGAAGCUGUGCACCUCAAAGCUGACAUAAUGUCUAUAUUUGAGGAUUUGACGCAGGAUGAUCAGGAUUCUGUUCGGUUAUUGGCCGUGGAGGGUUUUGCAGCUCUUGGGAAGUUGUUGGAGCCUCAAGAUUGUGUGGCCCAUAUUCUUCCUGUCAUUGUUAACUUUUCACAGGAUAAGUCUUGGCGUGUUCGAUACAUGGUUGCAAAUCAAUUAUAUGAGCUUUGUGAAGCUGUUGGUCCAGAAGCUACAAGGUCGGACCUGGUGCCUGCAUACGUUCGGCUUCUUCGGGAUAAUGAGGCUGAAGUACGAAUAGCUGCUGCAGGAAAAGUAGCUAAGUUUUGCCGAAUUGUGAAUCGAGAACUUGCCAUUCAGCAGAUCCUUCCUUUCGUAAAGGAAUUGUCAACAGAUUCUUCCCAGCACGUUCGUUCUGCAUUGGCUUCAGUAAUUAUGGGAAUGGCACCAGUUUUAGGAAAGGAUGCAACCAUAGAGCAGCUACUGCCUAUUUUUCUUUCUCUUCUAAAAGACGAGUUUCCUGAUGUGCGAUUGAAUAUUAUCAGCAAGCUUGAUCAAGUCAACGAGGUAAUUGGGAUUGAUCUGCUGUCCCAGUCUUUGUUGCCGGCAAUUGUUGAACUUGCAGAGGAUAAACAUUGGAGGGUUCGGCUUGCAAUAAUAGAAUACAUUCCUUUAUUGGCAAGUCAGCUGGGUGUUGAGUUUUUUGAUGAUAAGCUUGGCUCUCUCUGCAUGCAGUGGUUAAAUGAUAAGGUUUACUCAAUACGUGAUGCAGCUGCUAAUAAUGUGAAGCGCCUUGCAGAAGAAUUCGGCCCCGAAUGGGCAAUGCAGCAUAUAGUUCCACAGGUUUUGGAAAUGAUUAGCAACCCCCACUAUUUGUAUCGGAUGACCAUUCUACAUGCCAUUUCCCUACUUGCCCCUGUUUUGGGACCAGAACUCACUUGUUCCAAGCUUCUACCAGUGAUAGUCACUGCAUCAAAAGACAGGGUACCAAACAUCAAGUUCAAUGUGGCUAAGGUGUUGCAGUCGAUUAUUCCGAUAGUUGAUCAGUCGGUGGUGGAGAAAACUAUUCGUCCUUGUUUGCUUGAGCUUAGUGAGGAUCCCGACGUUGAUGUAAGGUCCUUUGCUAGCCAAGCUCUUCAGUCAAGCGAACAGGUCAUGAUGUCUAGCUAGCGAGGUAGUCCUUAGUUUCCGUCAUGUUUACUUUUCUUUUUUGUGAACCACGAAAUUCAGAUGUAUCUUUUCUUUACCCUCUCGAGACGCAGAGGUUAUUUUCGUACGCUCAACGAUUUACCAUGAUUUUGAUUCUUUAUGUUACAUUUGUUUGAAUCAGUGUUAGUAAAUGUUGUUGUAUCCAAA